GAGGGGCAACCAGUUACGAAGGUCGCCUUUGCGCUCCGAAGUUUCGUUUUUACGCGGAAGGCGCUGCUGCUGCUUCCCCAAGGAUGAAGUGCGGAGGGACCACCGAGGCCAAGGCAGCCACUGCGGAGACGCAGAAAAUCGCCCAGGAAGUGAAAGGACAAGUGGAAGAGAAAGAAGGCAGAAGCUUUGAAGUCUUUGACGCGGUUGAGUUUAAGACGCAGAUAGUUGCUGGAAUAAACUACUUCAUCAAGGUCCACAUUGGCAAUGACGAGUUCCUUCACGUGAGAGUGUUCAAAAGCCUCCCUCAUGAAAACAAGCCACUGGAGCUCACCAGUUACCAAAGCAAGAAAGCAAAGCACGAUGAACUGGCUUACUUCUAAGCAGUUCUGCAGAAGCCUUUCUCCCUCUGCAGUUUUUUUACCAAGCUGGAAAACGGUGUUUAUUUUGCCAAAUGCAAAUGAUUUUUCUUUCUUGCUUUUUUUUAAAAAAAUAGUAUGGUGCUUUAAAACUGUAGUAAUGUAGCCAUGCUUUGAUCAUAUUAAUUUUUGUGGCGUACAAGUAUUUAUGUGUUACUUGUGUGUAAACCAUAAGCGCAUAGAUCAAGGACUGGGACUGUGCUUUUUACCUCAUGCUAUAACCUCCCCCCACAUGUGUAUAGCAACAUGUUGUAUGAGCAGAAAGCCUAAUUCAUGACACUUGACUAAUCAGGUGUCCCAGUUGUGGAGACCCCCCUACUCAUGAGCAGGAGCGCACAUAUUAUUAGGCUUUCUGCUCACACAACCAUGGCCAUGUGGUUACUAAAAAGAAAAAAGAGGGGGACAAAGACACUGAGUGAGGCUAAAACCAGGUCCCAAUCCUCUCUCUAUACGCUUAUGCGUGACAUGGGGCUACAUAGUCAUUAUAUACCCAAGAAUUCAUCUGAUGUGCAUUUAUUUUUGUAUACCACUUCUUUGGAUCCUUCUCAAUAAAUGAAGUUGCUUGCUUAAAAAA